AUGCUGGCCUACACCAAUUCCUUCAUUGACCGGCAAAUUCUCAGUUUACUGGUCGAGCCCAUCCGAGAAGAUCUGAAUAUCUCGGACACACAAAUCAGUCUGUUGGCUGGAUUAGCUUUUUCGGUGUUUUAUACCGUGAUGGGUAUCCCGCUUGCGCGGUUGGCUGAUCAGUCACAUCGACGCAACAUCAUCACCGCUGGCAUCGCCGGUUGGAGCGUCAUGACAGCCCUAUGCGGCGCGGCGCAGAACUUCUGGCAGUUGUUCCUGGCCAGAGUCGGCGUUGGCGUCGGCGAAGCAACCCUAUCGCCGGCAGCCUUUUCAAUCAUUUCGGACUAUUUCCCCAAAAACAGAAUUGCCCGAGCCUUUAGCGUGUACUCGAUGGGUGUGUAUUUUGGCGCCGGCUUGGCGCUGAUGAUCGGUGGCCUGGUCAUUAAGAUGGUCUCAGCAGCCCCGCCGAUCGAGCUGCCCGUCAUCGGCACGAUCUAUUCCUGGCAACUAACCUUCUUCGUGGUCGGCCUGUUGGGUCUGCCGAUCCUGCUGUUAUUGUUCACGAUCAAAGAACCAUUGCGACGUGGUACUGCGGCCAAAAGCAGCGAAGGCGCGUCAUUCAAAGAACUCAAACUGUUUUUGAGACAGAAUGCCUGGACCGUAAUCUGGCAUUUUGCCGCCUUCUCGCUUAUUGGCAUUGGCAUUGUGACUUACCUCGUGUGGACGCCAACCUGGUUCAUUCGCACCUACCAGUGGGAUGCUCCGAAGGUUGGUCUGGUAUACGGCGGUAUGACGUUCGUAUUAGGCACGGCAGGCGUCUAUGCGGGUGGAUUCGUCGCUGAUUGGCUGCAGAACCGAGGGCGUGAGGACGCCAUUCUUCGCGCCACUAUGUACGGCGGCAUUGUCGCCCUACCAUUCGCCGUGGCCACACCUCUGAUGCCCAACGAGACACUGGCAGUGAUCAGUCUUGGUAUCACUACUUUUCUACUGGCCUACCCUCAGGGUCUGCCGGCCGCAGCAUUGCAAGUUAUUGCGCCGAACCGCCUACGCGCACAAAUGACGGCGCUGUACUUUCUGGUCGGCAACCUGAUUGCACUAGGAGUUGGGCCCACCAUGGUUGCGCUAGUCACCGACUACGGAUUUGGUGACCCGCAGAAACUGCGUUACUCGAUGGCCAUUGUUUGCGCGAUAGUGAUACCGCUUGGAAUUGUCGCUGUUUGGCUCAGUUUGAAGCCCUACCGGGAAAGCGUCCGGCGGGCCCGAAUGCUUAGCGAAACAUAA